CUUUGUUUAUCCCUCCUUGUGCGGGAUCAAUGCAUACUUGACACUCCAAAUGAAUCGUGCUCAGUGUGUGGAGCCCUCUAGUGAUCAAUGUGUGAAUUUAUAUCGCGAAACAGGUUCUUGUGCGAUCUCGAAUAUCUAGUCACGUAACUCAAUCAAACAGAUAAAUAUGAUACAGCUCUUCAGUUGACGUUGAGCGAGAAGCAAAGCAAGAGAAUCGACCAUGAUCGUGUUUUCGGGUGGGAUCUUCCGUGAUUUGGUGACCACCACUCAAAGAUUUCCAAAGCCCGGAGAGACUCUAUUCGGAUGUGAUUUCUUCAUGGGUUUUGGUGGCAAGUCCUCCAAUCAAGCUGUGAUGUGCCGGAAAUUGGGGGCGGAUGUGGCCAUGGUGGGCAAAUUGGGCGACGAUGAUCACGGGAAAGCAUAUCGCCAAAACUACCAAGACCUGGGCAUUAACACCGAUCAUUUAGGCACCGAAUCCGGAUGUUCAUCAGGAAUUGCGUCCAUCUUCGUUAACACCGAGAGCGGUGAGAAUCAGAUCAUCAUUGUGGCCGGAGCCAAUGCCAAGAUGGGAUCAGCCGAUAUCCUGUCUGCUGAGCCUUUAAUGAAAUCGGCCAAGUUUGUGGUGUGUGCCCUCGAAAUGAACAUGGCCGCCAUUAAAGCCUCUUUGGUAACUGCCAAAGUCCACGGAGCCACCACCAUUCUGAAUGCAGCUCCGGCAAAAGCGGACUUGGACCCGGAAAUCCUCCAAAACACGGAUAUCCUCUGCGUCAAUGAAUCUGAGGCUGAAAUAAUGUGCGCCAUGCCCGUUCGAUCUGUGAUAAUUACCAUUGGGGCCCGUGGUGCGGUGUACAUUGUCAAGGGCCAAAGUGGAUCGCCCAUCCAUGUUCCUAUUGAGUCCGUGAAUGAAGUCGUAGACACAACGGGUGCGGGUGAUGCCUUUGUGGGAGCUCUAGCCUUCUUCCUGCAGAGGUUUCCUCAAUUGGACUUGGGUGAUGUUAUUCAUCGGGCAUGUUCGAUUGCCUCGUUGAGUGUCUGCAAGUCCGGAACCCAAGCGAGUUACCCCAAUCAAUCGGAGAUCCCUAGGGAGGUUUUGACGUUAAAAUAAAUAAUAAAAAACCGCCAGGAAA